AUGUUGGCGAUUUUUUUUGCUGUACAGAAGUAUCAUAAUUUUGUGUAUGGUAAAAAGUUUGUAGUUCAAAGUGAUCAUAAACCUUUAACAAGUAUUGUUAAAAAGCCAAUGUAUGCUAUAUCUUCAAGGCUACAAAGGAUGCUUCUUAAGUUGAUAAAAUAUCAAUUUGAAAUUGUGUAUGUAAGAGGGAGUGGGAUGUUUUUAGCUGACACUCUCUCUCGAGCCUAUAUAAAAGAUAAGGUAAAUGAUGACCCUGAUAUGCUUAAUGCUGUACAUACUGUCAAACAAUUUCCAAUAAGUAAGAGAAGAGUUGAACAAUUUAUAAAUGGUAUAAAGUCUGAUCCAGUGUUAAAAUUUGUUUAUGAUUAUUGUGAAAAGGGUUGGCCAAAAGAGGCACAAAGUGUUCCUCAGGAAGUAAAACAUUACUUCAAAAUUAGAAAUGAAUUGUAUUUAGAAUGUGGGUUGUUACUUAAAGACUCAAAAAUAGUUAUUCCAUCUUCUCUUAGACAUGAAAUGUUAUUAUUAAUACACGAGGGACAUUUUGGUAUUGAGAAAAGCAAAAACCGAGCUAGGGAAGUGAUGUAUUGGCCGGGUAUGUCAAAAGACAUUGAGUUGUUAGUUUUAAAAUGUGAAAUUUGUCAAAAAUUUCAAAAGUCUAACGUUAAAGAACCUUUAAUAUCUCAUUCAUUACCUACUAAGCCUUUUGAAAAAAUAGCAAUAGAUAUAUUGAACUUUCAAAAUGUAAGUUAUUUAGUUGUAGUAUGUUAUUACUCUAAAUGGAUUGAGGUGAUUAGGCUAGGUAGUAAAACAAUUGCUGAAAUUAGUAAAAAACUAAAAUCUUGUUUUUCGCGAUAUGGAAUUCCAUCAGUUGUAGUAAAUGAUAACAGUCCCUUCAAUAGUUAUGAAUUUAAGAGCUUCGCAAAAGAAUGA